AAAGAAAAAAAAAACUCGCAUGCUAUGGCGGAGGUAUCGGAACUCGGAAGAGAUAAUAGAUUCUAGGGUUACAGAUGCGUCCCCCAAAUCAACCGCCGGCGGCAGCGGCGAUGGAGCGCAUCUAUAAGCCCACAAGCCGCGAACCGCGGCUCGAGGAUCAACGUCGGGAGAGAUCGGAGCUUCUCAAGAAGAUCGCCGACUCGUACGAUCAUGUCCGCAAGCGGCUCGCCAUGGCCACGGCAUUCAAGGAGGAGACCUUCGUCGGCGCCGGCCUCUCCGUCGGCCUUCUCGACCCGGCCACGAACAUCAUCUACAACACCCUCACCGCCUCCGACCUCUGCGCCGACGAGACCCGGGGUGCUCCCCAGCACCCGGACAUGGCCGAGCGCUCCCUGGCCGGCCUCGUCGCCUUCCUCACCUCCUUCUUCCGCUACCUCGCGGAUUGGGAGGCCGUGCGCUACCUGCUCCGCGCUGACACCGACCUCGUCUACGCGAUGCGCCUCGUCGCGCACGACCGGUGUCUCUCCUCCUUCCAAAUCAACUCUGACACCGGCAGGUCCGUCGUCCGCACCGCCCUCACCUGCGCGGCGCUGGCCUCGAAGCACAUGGAUCCCCACCACCUCGUCCGCGCCUGGCUGUCGCCGGUUGGCCCUCUGGAAGAAGCCGUCCACGCGAUCCAGAAUGACAUCAGUAAUUUCACCUGUGUAUUCAACCCACUGCAUCAUGCUCGCAAGCGUCCUCGUAUGGGAAUGCAGCCCCUUAAUUUCGCUUGGAAGCGCGCAUUGGAGCUCCAUGAGUUAUCACCCACCGUCGUGCCGUAUCGACCUUACAAUUCCAUGAAGUUUGUGCUCCUCCAGCGCAUCCACGCCUUCUACCUGAAGGCACUUGCUCUGCUUCCGACGAGUGAGCUCCGGUCUUCCUACCACCAGAGCAUGCUCGAGGCUGGCCACUGCUAUGGCCCAUUCGAUCCCGUCGCCAACAUCAUCAUCAACACAAUCUGGUAUAACACCGUCUCCCCGCCGACCAAAAAACUUGAGCUUGACAUGAUCAGUACCAAUAGCCUGUUACGCAUCGAGGCUCGCUCCUUCUAUGGCCUUGUUUCUUUCAUCUGCACUUCAGGCAAGAAACUGUAUGAAGCCAUGUGCUUCUUGCUCAUUUCUGAUUGCACUCUGGGGGAUAUGAGCUUUUCGAACCCUUUGGCUGGCUUCGGGGAUCGAAACAAAAUUUGUAAUGCCUUCAGGGCUGCCGGUGUGGCUGCUUGGCACCCUGACCCUGUCGCGCAAGCAGAGUUUAUUUCCUCAUGCAGUUAUCCAUUCUCAAGUCCAACGAUUAAUGCUCCACUCGACUCUGCUGAUGUUGACCGCAUUACCAGAAAUAUGUUUCAAGGGCUCCCUACCCCUGGCAAUUCGCUGCGGCAUCAAUCUGUUCCCAUGCCCAAGAUCUGCCGUCGUGUUCAAUGUAAAAUUGACCAAUGGAUGCACGAGUAUACAACAGUCUCUAAGAAAGUCAAAGCAGUGCUGGCCUCAUAUGCACUCGCCUCAUACGGAGAACCCAUGUAUCUUCAUGUUAUUUGUGGCGUCAACCAUAAUGUGUCUGGCCCCGAGUACUGUUAUGAUACUGGCACACCCGUUUCCAUAUACCAGCACAUUCAUGUUAAUUUUCUGGCAAGUCGAAGAGAUAGAAAUCCAGAACUCUUCUUUGCUGAACUUAGCAAUGACGAGGCAGAGGAUGGAGGUGGGAAGGUCUUGUGUUGUCCUGUGAAUUUUCCACAACCACGACAAGAAGAGAUCCGCUGUCUGUACUGCGAUUACGAAGGCACCAAAAUCGUGCACCCGGCUAUGGAGGAAUUCCCAUUCAAAGGGCGCGACGUGGAGUUUCAGAAGAUGGUGUGUGGAAUAGAUCCCUACAGAGAUGAAGCAUCUCCAUACGAGCGGCAGCGCUACACCAACUGCACCAUCAUCAGGAGCUCGUCCAAGGCAUUAGAUUGGUUGGGAUAUGUGGUAGAUGACUGGAUCUUUACCGACUUUGACGAGGAAGAUGACAGUGAUGAUUGUAGUACUGACGAAUCUGAGUGAGGUGGACUUGGCUAGCGUUACUCGCAAGCAGUUAGUUUCCUACUUUGUUGUACCCCGAAUCAGGACAGUACCUCCCUUGCGGCCUUGGCACGAACGGCCGUACCCCGGAGUAGCUCCGCGCGACAACGAGCGCGUGAGCGCGAGCUAGCCGUGGGGUGUUCA